AUGGGAUUCGAUCUUGAAGCUGUACGCAUCACUGCAUUGCCCGAGGAUGCAUUCUAUAUUUCAGAUUUUAUUACCGAGGACGAGGAGGAUUGGUUACUUCAGAAGGUAAAAUCAGCACCGUUACCGCGUUGGACCCAGCUCUCGCACCGCAGGCUUCAAACAUGGCCAUCAGCCCUCACAAAGAACAAUGCGCUUCUCGCAUCGCCCCUACCAACCUGGCUUAGAUCACCGAUUGUCGAGCCAAGGUUUGAGGCACUACGCAUCUUCGACGAUGCGCCACAUCAGGCGCCCAACCAUGUCCUAGUAAACGAGUACCAACCUGGACAGGGAAUCAUGCCACAUGAAGAUGGAGCAGCGUACUAUCCUCUAGUUGCGACAGUGAGUCUGGGUGCCCCAAUUGUGCUCAAUGUGUACCACAAGCAUGCCCAGGGCGACAGGGAAGAAAGCGACAUAACAGCUAAGGCCCGAAGAGAUGUUGUUGGGAUACCUGACACAAACCGAAGACCUCAAUACAGGAUAUUACAGGAGAGACGAAGUCUGUUGGUCACGAGGUGCAAGAUGUACACCGAUCUUUUGCAUGGCAUCGAGGAAACGACGAGAGAUGAGGAUCUGGGGCCUCACUCUAUCUGCAACUGGGAGCUCUUGCGGGAGAGGGAACCGUACCAGAGUGGGUGGUAUGAGCGGAAGACGAGAACGAGUCUCACGUAUAGGGACGUGCUUCAUGUUAUGAAGAUGGGGAAUACCUUGAAGUUUUUAGGUGGGAGGUAA